AUGCAGAACCAGCUGCCUUUGCCAAAGGCCAAAAAGCCCUGUGACGGGCGAGUCAAGCAAUGGUCAGCCGCUUGGCCUUUUUGCAGAAAUACACAAAACGUGCAGAAUCGCUUAAUUUUAUCCCCUCCUAACCUGUUCACACGGAAAUUGGCUGCUCGGGCGAAUGUUGUUUUUCACCGCAGCCGAGACCGCAAGGGCUAUAUAAAGGCCGGCCUCGGACCGGAUGGAAGAAGGCAUCGCCCAGCCUUCCUGCGGAGCCUCGCCCAGCCAUGGACGCCGCGGGGAGCGCAGGGGGCGCGGAGAGCCGAGCCCGGCCGCCCCCGGCCCCCGACCGCCCGGCGCCGCGCGGGGCCGCGGACUCCGGGUACAGCGCCUCUGCGCCGCCCGGGCGCCCCUGCCCGUCCCUCCCCGCCGCCGGGUCUGGCUCCUCCCUUCCUCUCUCCGCCCCACUCCCCGCGCGCCGGGCUUCGGUGGGUUCUCCCGGGUCCGGGCUCACGCCUCCUCCGUGCCGCUGUGUCCCCACCCCGCAGAUCUGCAGGCUUCUGGAGGCCGUGGGAGGCCCGAGGCGAGCAGGAGCACCCGGCGCAGCACCACCGUGCGGAGGCGAUGCCCGGUGGCCAUGGAAUGACCGCAGCCCCAGGAAAGCCUUCCCUGUACACACACCCGGUCAGACUAUUAUGGCCAAAAUCAAAGUGUUAUGAUUACUUAUAUCAAGAAGCAGAAACUCUUCUGAAAAAUUUUCCAAUUCAAGCCACAAUUUCAUUUUAUGAAGAUUCUGAUAGUGAAGAUGAAAUUCAAGAGCUGGCCUGUGAAAAUUAAGCUAAUUCUGAUGACAUUUAAAGUUUGUAGGAUUUAAACUUAGUGUACAAAUGUAUCAUAAUUUUAAAAAACUAAUUUAUUUGUAUAUAAGUUUUUAA